AUGAAGUCAUUCUCAAAUUCUACCUUUUCUCUUCUUCUCAUUGCAGUCAUUUUGAUGAAUGCCCUUUUGGCUUUCUCAAAGGACCCAACUUCGAUGAACACCGCAGAACCUCAGAGUGCCCAACAGAGCCCAAACCAAGAUAAACGCAAUUCUCCGGCCAAAGUACCAAUUCAAUGGAAACGCGAAACGUUCCCAGAAAUGAAUGUCAAGCUUGAUCCAAGAAGCCCAGAGAUGGUCAAUAUGCCAAAGGAACUCAAAGAUGGUAAAUCAGAAAACAGUCCAAGCCAACAAAAACGCCAUACUCAGGUCAAAGUACCAGUUCAAUGGAAACGCGAAGCAAUUCCAGAAACGAACGUCAAGCUUGAUCCAAGAAGCCCGGAGAUGGUCAACAUGCCAAAGGAACUCAAAGAUGGUCAAUCAGAAAACAGUCCAAGCCAACAAAGACGUCAUACUCGGGUCAAAUUAACAGUUCCUUUAAAACGCGGUACAAAGAAAAUUCCAGAAACGAAUCUCAAGCGAAGCCCAGAGAUGGUAAAAAUGCCAAAGGAAUUCAACAAUGGUCAAUCAGAACAUGUUCAGGCUGGUAAAAGAGACCCAAAUUCAGGUAGAAAGAAGACACCAGGGCACAAACCAACGUUAUGACUGCUGGCUAGAGUCAUUAAUGAAAUCACACUAAAUUACAGUCACUACCCCAGAACCUGUUCCCAUUUCUGUUACUUUACCUUGAUGAAUGAUAAAUUCUGAC